AUGUACCUUAGCGCUCUGUGUGUGACUGAAGUCUUUCCAACUGAGCCCAAGGCCGCUACUGCAGUGCGUGUGUGGCGACAUUUUCAGCUAAAGUGUCCGGAGGCACUAAAAACCCCACCCGUUCGGGCGCCACUGAAGGAGGCACGGGUGGGCACGUACGAGAACCUGGCACUGGUGCUGCCCUCCACCAAGUUGGUUGACGCACUGGCCUUCUUUGAGGACGAACGGGUCUCCGUCCUCCCCGUAGUCGACUCCUUAACCAACCGUCGCCUAAUCGACAUCUUCGCCAAAUUCGACGUCAUCACCCUAAUUCUGGCUGGGAAGCACAAAAAACCCGACAUGACCGUUCAGGAUGUCUUGGAUAUCUGCAAGCAAAUCCAUCGUGGUGUUAUACCCAUCCCAGAGGGACAGAACAUGUUCGAUGUGGAAAUCUGCCGCACCACCGACACCAUCCAGUUUGCCCUGAACAAGCUAAUGCGGACUGGGUACCAUCGACUGAUAAUCGUGGACAACUCAGUGGACUGUCGAGUUGAGGGCGUGGUGAGCAUUUCGGAUCUACUCUACUACAUGGUCCUGCGUCCCUCACCUCGCGGCUCUGUGGCACCCUCACAGACUGGCACAACUGCUAAACAGCCGGAGACGGACUUGGCGGAGGCGAGCGCGAGACCAACAGGGACGGGGGAGGAUGACACAGCACCUGACUGGCUUUUCUACUCCGAACAGGACCCCAACGCUUUGCGUAGAAAGCCCUGCGUCCCUCUGGUGAAGUAUCUGCCCAAUUCCACCUCUAGUCUCAACGGCAAGGAGGGGGCAACAGCUCAGAGGCAGGAGCGUCAUCGAUUGCGUGUGACUUCAGGGAGCUCUGUGACUACUGUCACUACCAGCACUGCAUCAUCCCGCUCCUCGUCUACCGCAUCAUCCUCCUCUUCCACAUCUUCUACAUCGUCUACGGCCUCUAGCACGGAUUACUCUUCCUCCUCUGCCUCCUCCUCGAGCUCUUCCGCUGACAAGGGCUCUAGGUCGCGUUCUAACUCACCGAAGGCCACUCCCACUGCUGCCAAGACAACGACGAGGGCAAUGACGGCGGCGAGAGACACACGGAGGGCACCAGUCGAUCGAAGGGGCGGAGAGAGGACAAGGACGAAGAUGCUUAACUCCUAA